UUUAUUAUCCCACAUGUUUGUUGGAAUAUCUGGAUUUUUAUUUUGAUGAAUUUUUCUAUUGUCUCAACUUUCAUUCUUGUUUAUGAAUAGUUUAACUUUUAAUACGAAAUUACCAUGCAUUAUAAAAACAUUUGGUUUUUCAAAAAUCGUUUACCGUCGAUUCUCAUCCGAAACAAAAAGUCAACCAUGUAAUUAUGAUGUGUUGGGUAUAACACCGAAUGCUACGGCUGCAGAAAUUAAAAACGCUUAUUACGAAAAAUCAAAGAAAUAUCAUCCCGAUGUAAACAAGGAACCUGGAUCUGAUUUAAAAUUUCAGGAAAUCAGUUCGGCAUAUGAAACAUUAUCUAAUGAAAAUAGUCGUAGUGAUUAUGAUAUAAGUCGAGGAUAUUCCUCACGAAAUCCAACACAUCAUAAUCCACCUUUCCGAAACCAUGAUUUUGAUGAUUAUACCAUAUAUACACGUAAUAUUUAUCGACGAAUGAAACGAAAAGAAUAUGAAAAAGCUCAUGCUUCAUCGGCGAACAAACAUUAUAGACCAAAAACAACUGAAAAAAGUUUCAAACAACGUAUGGAAGAAGAAGAACUAUUCUAUCAAAGUCUGGACGAGACUUUGAAAAAAAAAUAUGAAGAAUACUACAUUCACAUGGAACAAGAACGGCGUGAACAAACGGAACAAAACCGAAAUCGCGCCCCUGUUCAAAGUUCUGAAAGUCAAAUCAUCAUCGUUGUAUCUCUACUUUUCUUUACCAUGAUUGUCUGCUCAGUCACUGAACCGUUUUCUAAAUCUUCAAAUAAAAAUCAAUCUUCGCCAUCUAUUCGUCUCAAAAAAGAAUGAAUAAUAUUAAUAGUUUUUUUCUAUUCAA